UCCGGUUCGCGCGCUUUUCAACGCCGCCAUUUUUGUGUGUAACGUUCGGAAAAACUAAAAUGUGAAUUUUUGUUUCAACACCUGUGUCCAUUUAGAUUUUUUGUUUUUAAUUAUUGUUGUGUUGUGUUUUUUACGAUUUGUGUUGUUUGGAUAAAUUUAUUUUUGUAAAAAUGAAGAUCACAAGGAAAAUGGCUUGCCGCAAAGAGCAGCACCGGUCUUACGGCGUCACUGCGGCCAUCAUGAAGGAGAAAAGCAAGAACGCAGCGCGAUCCAGAAGAGAAAAGGAGAACGCCGAAUUCUUAGAACUAGCCAAACUUCUUCCGCUUCCAUCAGCAAUAACCUCACAGCUCGACAAGGCGUCAGUUAUAAGACUUACCACAAGCUAUCUCAAAAUGAGACAAGUAUUUCCAGAUGGUCUUGGAGACGCAUGGGGCGCGGCACCACCACCUCCACAGCCCCGGGAACUGUCCAUCAGGGAGCUGGGCUCACAUCUCCUUCAGACCCUGGACGGUUUCAUAUUCGUGGUGGCACCUGAUGGCAAGAUCAUGUACAUAAGUGAAACAGCGUCGGUGCACCUUGGGUUGAGUCAGGUGGAACUGACAGGAAACUCGAUCUACGAGUACAUCCAUCAAGCAGAUCACGACGAGAUGAAUGCAGUGCUAAGCUUGCAGCAUCCCCACACUUACAUCGUACCACCUUCGCUCGGAUACCCAGUUGGAGGUACUUGGGGGCCCAAUGUUGACGUAGAGUGUGAGCGCGCCUUCUUUAUUCGUAUGAAGUGUGUGCUCGCGAAACGAAACGCUGGGCUCACCACAUCUGGAUACAAGGUGAUCCACUGCUCGGGGUAUCUACGCGCGAGGCGGUUCGGCGAGGCCACCGCACCGUUGGGCCUGGUAGCCGUUGGACACUCGCUCCCCCCGUCCGCGGUGACGGAGCUCAAACUGCACUCCAACAUGUUCAUGUUUCGAGCAUCGUUGGACAUGAGGCUGAUUUUCUUGGACGCAAGGGUGGCGUCGCUGACAGGUUACGAGCCACAGGACCUGAUAGAGAAAACGCUGUACCACUACAUCCACGGCACAGAUGUGUUGCACAUGCGUUACUCGCAUUGUACACUAUUAACGAAGGGCCAGGUGACGUCCCGAUACUACCGCUUCCUCACCAAGUCGGGUGGCUGGGUGUGGAUGCAGAGCUACGCAACCAUAGUGCACAACUCGCGCUCCUCACGCCCCCACUGCAUCGUCUCUGUCAACUACGUGCUCAGCGACAUCGAAGAAAAACACCUAAUCCUGAACAUAGAUCAAGGACCGCCAAAGUUGAACCACGCAGACAUUCCCCCAGCGACCCACGGCCCUCCCACAGACUCACCCCAACUCCCACCGCGACACACAGACAAAAUCAAUCACCUCAACGAGAACGACUUUAACACAGACUCCAGUGGGGGGUACUACCCAGAAUAUACUUUACCCCUCAUAACACCUUAUGAUAAUCCCGAGGAGUAUCAUCAAAACGGCUCAUACCAGGAUUUGUUCUACGAAAACUACACAGAGCCGGAAGUUGUGCCGAGCAAUUACGUCUACCCCCAGAACCAGAGACCGUUUUCAGCCAGUUCCUCAUCGUGUAGCUCAAUAGAGAGCUCGGAGAUCAAUCAAUACAACUACACCAAUUUAAUAUCCUUCUACGGUCAGAAUCCAAAUCAGAACGGCCGGCCUGCAGAGAACUUCGGGGGUAACUUCGGAAAAAUCACCCCCAACCCUCAAGUUCAAGAGGGGGGCUAUACAAGUGUAAUCGUCGAUAAUACGCAACAGUUUCACCACCACGGCGGGGGGGUGAACGAAUUCGUGCAUUGAUAACGUUAUAUAACGUGAACUGUGUUAUUUUUUUUCGAUAACGUUAUGUUUGAGUAACACCUAUAAGGAUUGUUAUUAUAACGUUAUUUUUUAAUAACGCCCAAAAGUAUUAAUUGCUGUUAAAUGGAUAUUUUAUAUUCAUGACCACCGCUUGCAAAAAGUUAUAGAAUAACGUGAAUUUUUGUGUGAUUUUUUUUAGUGACACCAAAGUGACUGUCAAAUGAUUUUGCACAUACAUAUGCUUGGCCAAGUGUUCAACUUUGUUUUGCACGCGGAUACGUUUGUAGACAUAUCAACAGAGUAAGGUUUGCACUCUAAACCACGUGUUUUGCGACACGUUUAUGACAGUGUUAAAGAGAUGCAGUAAAUUGGAGCCUUACAUCUUUUGGUAAAUGCCGAUAUCGUUUAGAUAGCGUCGCGUCAGUGUAUCGGAGCAUGGAAAGGAACUUUAGAGUCCUUGUUCCUCGCACCACCUCGAACUAUCCGAUAUUAUUCUGUUUAUACGGCUUUCUCAGUACUCUGUAUGACUAUCCUUACUUUGCGGUAUUAGCGUACCCUGUAAACCUAUCUAUAAUGUAGUCUAACAAAUUUCACCUCUAUUCUAUUUCUUAAUUCCUAAGUUUGAGAAUUCCCUCGUGAAUUAUUUCAGUCGCGUCAACUUUGAUCGCAAAACGGAAGUCAACCCUCUACUAAAUUAAGAAAUAAAUAUUUAAUAUUACGUCAUUAAUAAAUAAAUCUAUAUUUUGUCAAGAAUGGCCCAUUUGUUAUACAGAUUCCUGUAUUGCAGUAUGAUCAUUUGCAUAUUAGCGCUUUUUAGAGAUCUGAGAAGAUAUGACAAUAAAUUAUAUCUACUGAGGGCUGACUUUUUAAUCGUUCUUAUGUUAGGUUAUAAAUAUAUUUGACAGAUGGCAUAGAAAACUACUGUUGAAACUUCAAAUACCAUAAAAACACAGAUAAUAGUCUGAGGAAUGAGAUUUGAGGAUAUGCCGUUUUUUUUUUAAAUCAAAUGUCUACUAAUUUUGCGGGCAAAAAAAACCGAGAUAAAAAAAAACGGCAUUAAUAAGACUGCGUUAUGUCAUAUCGAAUAAAGCGACGAAGUUGAAAAUAAAAUUCGAAUCACUCUUAUUAUUUUACAGUGUGCUUUUUGAGAACAAUAUUGAAUAAAUUUUGAGCCUUUUUUAUCGUGCCUAGAAUCGAACAUGAAUUAAUGACAUUUUUGUUUCAAUUUCGUCAUAUAUUAUGAAAAUUAAGCUUAAUUUGCUAUACUCGAACAGCCGG